AUGGAAAAGCAGGCGCUUCUGGGCGCGUCUCUCGCCCCGCGACAAGAGGCCCAGCGUCAGCGACCGACAUCUAGCGCGGCACUCUUCAUCGCAGUAUUCACCUUCUGGAUCCUGCUGUCCUGGGAAUUCCUCAUCUCCUACGGGAAAUCAUGGCCGCGCCGCGCAGAACCGCAGCUGCGGAUGUACGCCGGCGAGUCCAUCAAGUGGCGGCUGUGUGGUGACGUGACGGGCCACGACGACCUCGAAUGCGGCACCGUGGACGUGCCCAUGGAUCAGUUCAACAGCACCAAUUCCAGCAAUGAGACGUUUACGAUUCCGCUCGUCCGCAUGCGCGGCAAGCACGCCAGCCAGAAUCUGCUCAUCCACACUGGCGGGCCGGGCGCGAGCGGAAUCGGCAGCGUCUACAGCGCUGGCGAGAAGCUCAGCCGGCUCCUUGGCGGGAGAUUUCACAUUGUCGGCUUUGAUGCGCGGGGACUCGGCGCGUCGACGCCCAGCGCGACGUGCUACGUCGAUGCAGAGUCACAGAAAAGGCUGAGGCCGCGGCGCACAACAGACCUCAUCAGGGACAGCCCCUACCUGUACGCGUGGUCGACCAACUACGUGCGCGCCUGCAGAGAAAAUGCCGGCGAGCAUCUCCAAUACGUCAAUACUCCGCAGGUAGCCGCGGAUAUGAAUAGCAUCAUCGAUGCCCUUGGACAGGAAAGCAUGUUUUACUGGGGCAUGAGCUACGGCUCACUGCUCGGCCAGGUCUACGCCACGCUCUUUCCUCAACGUUUAGAGCGCAUGGUCAUUGACGGCGUCCCGGAUCAGUUCUCCUGGUUUGAGGAUUUAAUGGACGCGCAACGUUAUGCUGACACUGAUGCCGUCGUUGACGGCUUCUUUGAAGAGUGCGUCCGUGCAGGAGACGCCUGCGCAUUAAGCAAAUAUGGCAAAACUGGUCCGAAACUCAGAGAAAACGUGACUAGUGUCAUAAACUCAUUGUACAGGAACCCGGCCAGUGCGUAUGUGAAUGGCUCGGUAUAUGGCAUCGUUGAUGACUUUGCCGCGCGAAUCACGGGCCUCUUCCACGAGAUGCACACGCCCAAGCGCUGGCCUGCGCUCGCCCCCCGGCUGGCAGAUCUACAAGAGGGCAACGCAACCGGCAUGUUUCUCGCCUACGUCAACGACGAACCAUUUGGCAACGUGCCAAGGGCCAACCUUGUGGUUGAAAUGAAUGAUGGCCAAUCUGGACCGACGUUCUGGCCCCAGGCUCGAAUACGCUUAAUGGAGAAGCUUCUCCCAUACUUUGACAAGUACCGAUUUGCCCUCGGUGACAUGCUGGAUCUUCACGUCAAGCAGCAGUGGAACGUUCCUAGGACUCAUUCCUACCUGCCAAAGCAAAGAGUCGAAACGGCCACUCCGCUAUUGAUUCUGUCGACAACCCAUGACCCCGCGUGUCCCUACUCUGCCGCGCAGGCCGCGCAAAAGGUGUUUGUCGGGUCGCGUCUGGUUGCGCUUGACGCCUAUGGCCAUGCAUCCAUUGCCAUGCCGUCGUUGUGCGUGGCACAAUACAUGCGUGCGUAUUUUGAUAAUGGUAGUCUGCCUGAAGAAAAUGUUGUGUGCAAGAGUGAUGGGGUGUACUUUCCGGGUACCAGCGAAGAGAGUAUAAGCUCUGCCAGUGCAUCGCACACUGCAGAAGAGCUGGAGACUUUGGCUGCACAAAGGGCUAUAGCGGGAAUAUACGCAGAUAUAAAGUAUACCAAGUAA